AUGGGUUGCUGGGCGGAUACGGCGACAAGGGCCAUGACAUCUCUGGAAGGUGCAGCCGUACUUGAUGGCGCUUAUGGAGAACGACAGGACGCUAUCAAUAAAUGCUUCAUCGCAGCUAGAAACAAGGGCUAUGAGUACUUUGCUCUGCAAGGGGGUUCUUGCUGGGGAUCAGCAUUUGGAGAUGACACUUCUUAUGCUCAGUACGGAGAAAGUGAAUCUUGCGAGAAAAAUGGAAAAGGAGGGACAUUGAAAAAUAAUGUGUAUAGGAUAACAUUAGGAUAUCGAAGUAUAGGCAAGUGUUAUAGGACACCACAUAAUGGACUAAAUUCUCUGGAGGGUACAGAUACCAUCCUUGAUGAUAACCAUACUCUGAGAGAUGAUGCUAUUGGGAAAUGUUAUACCGUGUCACUGAACAAUGGCUACAAAUAUUUCGGACUUGUGGAUGGCGGGUUAUGUUUCGCUGGGUCAACGUUCGAUUAUUCUGCAAUUCCUUUGGAUAUAGCUGAAUGUGGAGCAGAGGGAGACGGUGGACCGACGUCGUACAUGAUCUAUGAAAUUAUGAAUGACAACGUCGCACUCGGAAAGACAACUUCCCAGUCGUCGAUCCUACCAUACCGUGGCGACACAGUUGCAUCAGAGCGAGCUAUUCUCACUACUUCAGAUGGAACGUGUAUCGCUAGCCUAACAAACUACGAGCAAACACCUUAUUGGAGACUUGAUCUUGGACUUAAUUUGAAUAUUUCGAAGCUUGUGAUACACCCUGUAAUAGAUGCCCAAUGGAUACACAACCCAGCAAGAAUAACCAGUUGCAUACCUGGAAAUAAUAUUGCUAGAGAAGAUCUCCCAUUAACACAGGACUUCGAGCAGUGCAAAGUGAUCUGUCUUAACUCUCUAAAUUGCCUAUCAUUUGACUUUCAACAUACAAGUGAAAUCAGGCGCUGCCAAAUUAGUGGCAAACACUCCUUGACGAUGCCCAUAUCAGAGCCAUGCCAUUUGGAUGACUAUAAGUACUAUGAAUACUUUAAACCAGAUCUAAACAAUUUUGGCAUUUACAUUGGACAAGACAGUAUAAACAUCGACGACCCAAAUCAAUACGACGUAUGUUUCGAACAAACCUCUAUUAUGUCAGGCCCACACGAAGUCAGAUGCUAUACUGACUUGAGGGGGAGGUAUGUUAUGAUUCAGAAAAACGACCAAUCUGAAUCAUCACAACUGGGAAUUUGUCAAGUGGAAGUUUAUGUAGAACGUAUAUAUUGUUCAGAAGUGUCUGUUAAUCCUCAUACGAGACUUGUGAGAUUUGAUGGGCGGCAAGAAGGAGAUGUAGCGAUAUUUGAGUGUCUCCCCGGGAAUAACAUGUUAAGUGGUGAAUACCGUGUCACAUGCCUUGCGAAUGGAGAAUGGAGUGAUUCAUCACUUGUUUGUUCAGGUUGUUGUGAUUUGACAAAGAAUAAUGCAACGCUGCUUUUACAUAACUACAAUGCCCUACCUCUCGGCCAGUUACCUGGAAUGAUUGAUGCGUUGACUAUGGAUAGGAACACACAGUUUGGAGAGUUUGAGUACGCAGAGUUCCAUCACACAAGCAUCGUUGUUGAUCAAGCCACAUUCAGAGGCAUUAAGCUCUCUCCGGGAGAUUCCAUCUUCACUAACAGUAGUAUUGUCCAUUCUAAUGAUGUGCACUACGAGAAUAUUUCAUUGGAGAUUUGGAUGGAUCUAGAUUUAAUGUUAGGGUACACAGUCAUUACCUCGAAUACAUUUGGCUUGACAUUUCGGAAUGGAACUGUUGCUGCCACAUUUGUGGGAAUUGAGGAUACCAUUACAAUUAGUUACACUAUUAAUGAUGUAAUACUUCAGCACUCAAAUAUCGUUUAUGUCGUGUUAACAAAAACUAUGACAGCAUUUGAUCUCUAUAUGAAUGCUAUAUUGGUUGCACAUCUGACAACGUGUAUUGUCGAAACUAAUAUUGAAGGAAAUCAUCACUUUUACAUGGACUCUGAUGUGGCAGGGGUCAUAUAUUCAUUUCACUUUAGUACAGCAUGGCCCGAUGUAUAUAAAACAUUCAAAGCAGCUCAGUAUGAUAGAAGAGCAGUUGGCUGUGAAACGGAAGAUAUGCGCUUUGUUACCGCGUGCCCAAGUGGCAGUGUAUGGGUUCCCUGGAUGAAAGUAGGGCAACCAAUUGCAAGCCAAGAGAAUGGAAUGUUAUACCCGUGUGACUUCGCAUUUCAAACUGGCUGUUCGUUGACCACAUAUUCCGAGGCAGUAGUGCAGGAACUGUUCGAAGAGAACGCGUGUACAGAUAAGAGUUAUUGCAAUAUUAGUUACAGCGAGUAUAGCAACAUGAGAGAAGAUAGUUGUCCACAGGAGGAAAAGGUUACGGUAAUUGCAAGGUUCGACUGUAAAACACCGGAAUCAGCCGAGUUGGAGGUCGUGGAGGAAAAUGAGAUCACAGAUGCUGACCCAUUUGCUACAUGUAUAACAUUGGGCCCAUCGCUAACAAAACAAAGCCUACAGCUUAAGAUUGGACAAGCAGCAGACAUCGGGGACAUCAUUGUCAACAUUGGUGUCAAAUAUGGUGAACCGAGCCAUUUAGUUCAUGACGUUCAAGACCAUCAGUUAACUGCAUCGUCUUCGUAUAGUGCUGCACACGAUCCAAACUUUUCAAGAUUAAAUACAAUAAGUACGAGUGGACAAUGUGGAUGUUGGGCUGCCGCUGUCAACGAUCAAAACCAAUGGAUUCAAGUUGAUUUCGAGACUGUUGUUCAUGUCAGUGGCGUCAUAACGCAGGGACGUUCAGAUUAUUCACAAUGGGUCACUAGCUAUACUGUUUCGCACAGCUUAGAUGCUAUCAACUUCAUUAACCAUACAUUAGUGAAUGGUACAAUAAGGGUAUUUACUGGGAAUAUUGAUCAGAAUAGUACAGUAGCCCAUCAGUUCGGACCAGAAUUCAAUGCUAGAAUUGUCAGAAUCCAUCCCAGGGAAUAUUACGUGCAUAUGUCGAUGAGAUUUGACAUUUUGGGCGACAAACUACCAGAAAUGGAACUCAUUGAUGCUAUGAAUGUUCCAGAUGACCAUUUUAGCGUAUCAUCUACUCAUAGUCACAGUACACCUCUAGGAGCCAGAGCCAGACUUAACUAUGAUGACCCUGGCGGAUGUAGGUCAUGGUGCGCAGGAUCAAAUGAUGCAAACCAAUACAUUGAGGUGGAUCUUGGGAGAGCUGUAUUCGUUAGUGGCAUUGUGACUCAAGGACGACAUGAUUAUGACCAAUGGGUCAAAUCGUACAAGCUGAAAUAUAAAGCCGCUGAAGUGGAGCCCUUUGUAGGAUAUACAGAAGAUGGUAUAGACAAGAUAUUCAACGCAAACACUGAUAGAGACACCAUCGUGCAAAGUACUCUGAAAAUAGGCGGUGUUUUUGCCAGAUACAUCCGCAUACAUCCAGUUACAUGGGCCAAUCACAUCAGUAUGAGGAUGGGCAUUCUUGGAUAUCCGUAUGCAUAUGAUACAAUAGUCAGUCUCAAACACAACAUUUACACAAGUGAGUCGACAUCUGCAGCAGAGAAAAUACCAUGCACUGGUAUCAUCGACACACCAAUAGAGGGCAAUAUGUUCUAUAUAUUCAAAUGUGGGUCAAGGUCAACGCAGCACAAGAUUGUGGAAAUUGAACUCAUGCCGGGCUUCUUAGGAGAAACUGUUGAUGUUUGCGAUAUUGCUAUAUAUAGAAAGGAAUUGGGUUGUCCCCCGGAGACUGAAUCUAUCGAAAAUGGGCGUGCAUCUACGACAUUUGCGAACAGGCAACCAAUGGGUACAAUCAUUGAAUAUGAAUGUGAUACUGGUUAUGAGACCAACAGUUCAGUCAUCAUCUGUCAGAAAAAUGGAACAUGGAGUGAAGCUAACUGCACAAAUGUAUCUUGUGAUAUGGCCCCGCAAGAAUUACAAGGAGGGACCCUUGAGGAGAAAUGCAUUGGAACCAAUGGAUAUUACAAGGACAACUGCACGUAUUCUUGCAACAUAGGAUACACCAUGAAUGGCUCAAAUGUGAUACAAUGUAUGGAAGAUAGGAACUGGACUGCCAUCCCUGAAUGUAUUAUAAAAGAUUGUGGUGAGCCUGGCUCAGUUGAAAAAGGAACCUUAAGAUAUAAUUCAACUGUUUUCAAUUCAACUGCCACUGUUAAUUGUGACAUCGGACACGAGUUAUCAUCCGAGAGUAAUAUGGAUGGUAUUAUCAGAUGUAAUGCAUCUGGAUUAUGGGAUGGGUAUCCCAUUGGAUGCAGCAUAAAGGAUUGUGGCAAACCUGAAUCAGCUCAAAAUGGAGAUUUUUCAUAUAAUUCAACUGUCUUCAAUUCCACUGCCACAGUUGACUGUGACAUCGGACACGAGUUGUCAUCCGAGAGUAAUAUGGAUGGUAUUAUCAGAUGUAAUGAAUCCGGAUUAUGGGAUGGGUAUCCCAUUGGAUGCAGCAUGAAGGAUUGUGGCAAACCUGAACCAGUUGAAAGUGGAGAUCUUUCAUAUAAUUCAACUGUCUUCAAUUCCACUGCCACAGUUAAUUGUGACAUUGGAUAUGAAUUAUCAUUGGAGAGUAAUGUGGAUGGAAUUAUCAGAUGUAAUGAAUCCGGAUCAUGGGAUGGAUACCCUAUUGGAUGCUCCUUAAAGGAUUGUGACACACCUGAAUCAGCUCAAAAUGGAGAUUUUUCAUAUAAUUCAACUGUUUUCAAUUCCACUGCUAUUAUAUCCUGUGACAUCGGACACGAGUUGUCAUCAGAGAGUAAUAUGGAUGGUAUUAUCAGAUGUAAUGAAUCCGGAUUAUGGGAUGGGUAUCCCAUUGGAUGCAGCAUAAAGGAUUGUGGCAAACCUGAACCAGUUGAGAGUGGAGAUUUUUCAUAUAAUUCAACUGUCUUCAAUUCCACUGCCAAAGUUAAUUGUGACAUCGGAUAUGAGUUAUCGUCAGAGAGUAAUGAGGAAGGAAUGAUCAGAUGUAAUGAAUCCGGGUUGUGGGAUGGGUAUCCUAUUGGAUGUACCAAAAAGGAUUGUGGCAAACCUGGAUUAGUUGAAAGGGGAAAUUUUACGUAUAAUUCAACUGUUUUUAAUUCCACUGCUAUUAUAUCCUGUGACAUUGGAUAUGAGUUAUCGUUGGAGAGUAAUGCGGAAGGGAUUAUAAGAUGUAAUGAAUCUGGGUUGUGGGAUGGGUUUCCUAUUGAGUGCAUUAUUAAAGAUUGCGGCGAAGCACCAUUGAUUACAAAUGGCGCUGGUGAUGGUUUAGGCACCACAUAUGAAGAAACGUGGCAUUACGUAUGCGAUCCUGGAUUUGAUCUUAUUGGAGAAAAGAACAUCACGUGUCUUGAAACUGCAACAUGGACAGAUGCACCUAAUUGUACAAUAAAGAAUUGUAGCUUCAUUCCUAUUUGGCAAAAUGGACAUGUAGUUGCAUCUGAUGGUCUGACAUACGGUAGCACAAUUGAUUUUCUAUGCGACCAUGGGUACACACAUGAAGGUGAAACUCGCAUAGAAUGUUUGGAGACUGGUCUUUGGUCAGAAUUAGGUGAAUGCAAACGUGUGUAUUGUGCACCACAUCCAACAAUCAACCAUGCUUUUAUCUUGCACAUUACUGAUGAUAAUGGCUCUGAAAAACUAGAUGAAUAUAUCGGUUCAGGGAUUUUUAAUGCAACCGUUGACACAAUGAUAGAAUACAGAUGUGAUCUUGGAUACAACAUGUCUGGUAAUUCAACAAUAACAUGCCUUCAAUCAGGAAACUGGACAUCUCCAGCAGAGUGUAAUAUUGUCCAAUGUGGACCACCUGAUGACAUCAUCAAUAGCACAGUCCAAUAUAACCAAACCUUUUACAACAGCACUACGGUAUAUGAUUGUGCUGUCGGAAAUAUCCUGAUAGGUGAUAAUACUUCGAGGUGCCUUGAAGAUUCUACCUGGACAAGCCCACCAUUCUGUUUGUUCAUAGACUGCCAUGACCCACCAUAUGUAUCUCACAGUACAACUGGGUACACUGACAACAGAACAACAGUUUAUGCCAAAGUAGACUAUGAAUGUGAUAUAGGAUACGACAUGGUAGGAAACAGUACAGCUUCCUGUAGUGUUACUGGAAAUUGGAGUGACAUACCUGUUUGUGUCAUUGCAGACUGUGGGGAACCUCCAAAUGUCCCUUUCUCAACAUGGGACCAAAACACCACAACCACCUACGAUAGUGUGCUGACAUACACAUGCUUCGAAGGGUAUAAAAUGAUUCAAAUGGAACCAAAUACUUCGAGUUAUGCCUCAUGUUCUGCAAAUGGCUGUUAUGAUGAUACUAUCGCAUGUUCUAAAAACAUGAGUUGUGAUAAUGGGCUAUCGGCUAAUAGUUCAUUCCAAUGUCCAACAAACAGAAGCUGUUAUGAGUUUUUUGAUAGAGCUAGUACAGUUCGCUGCCUACCGAUUGGGAAUUGGAACACUACACCAGUAUGUGAACCCAAGGACUGUGGCUUGCUGAAUAUAAGCAAUGGCAGCAUGGUAUACUUUGAUAACUCCACAACAUAUGGCUCGAAUGUUAGCAUGUCGUGUGACGAAGCAUACUAUCUCAAUGGAGACUCGACAUUACAAUGCAAUGCUGAUGGACAAUGGUCAAAUAUAAGUGAAUGUGUGGCAAUAGAUUGUUUCAACAUCCCAUCUGUCGACAACAGUGUAUUUCUAAAUCCAUCAAACAACACCUUGUAUGGGAGUGUGGUGAAUUAUACAUGUGAUAUUGGGUAUUUCAUGACUGGCAAUGACUCCAUAACCUGUAUGAACAAUGGGUCCUGGUCAUCCCCUCCAGAAUGUACAAUUCAUGAUUGCGGAGAAAUGCCUAAUAUAAGUAAUGGUAUAGGAAGAUUAACACAUAAAACCCUCUUGAAUAUGACCACAGUCAACAAUACACAUCUUGACACAUUAAAUAAAACAAUUACACAGAUGCCUCAUAUACAUGAUAUAACUAAAGCCGCACUUAUUGAUGCGCUUAAUGGUUCGAUGGAUCCCCGAAUUGCUAUGGAAAAUACUACACACGGGCCUAAUAUGACUAUCACUGAAUUCCAGAAUGAUGACGAUGUAAAUGCAAACAAGACAACGUCUAAUGAUACAAACGUUGAUGGUUCCAUGAUGAAUAACGAUACCGAUAUACGCAAUGUUUCGAAUGUACAUUUGAUAACAUCAAAUGAUGUAAGGCAUAACCCGGGAGAGACGUUAUAUAGUACAACGUAUCUUUCUAUGGGAGAGUACACCUGCGAUGAUGGCUUCAAUAUGUACGGGGAUCCAAAGACCAUCUGUUUGGCUGACGGAACCUGGUCACAAGCUCCAGUUUGCAGUCUUUAUGACUGUGGUGACCUGCCAGUAGUUCACAACGCUAAUGUAGCUGUUAAUCUCGACAGCACGAACGAUAAGAUUAUAGCCACCUUUACAUGUGUAACUGGUUACUUUCUCGUUGGGAAUGAGUCGAUCGAAUGUGAAGCUGGUUCCUCGUGGACUACUGACACCCCUAAAUGUGAGAUUGUGAAUUGCGGAAUGCCACGAAAAGUUGCCAGAGCAGUACGGGAGGUUACAGAUAUUACAUAUGGAAGCAUGGUGAAGUAUACUUGCGAGAAAGGAAAUAUUUUACAUGGUAGUUCAACAGCUGAAUGCAAGGAAGAUGGUUCUUGGAGUCCUUAUCCAGAAUGUUCCUUAGUGGAUUGCGGGCCUUUACCUAGAGUUCAAAAUGCAAUAGGUCAUUUAAGAGGUACCACGACAACCUAUGGGAGAAGCGCAUACUACACAUGUGCAUGGGGUCAUAGGGCUUAUGGUGAUACAAAUAUACAUUGUCAAGCAGAUGGCCUAUGGUCCUUUCCUUGUGUUUGUAGUCCUCUAGAUUGUGGAGACAUCCCUUUAGUGUUGAAUUCCAGUGCAGCAGUAAGGCUAUCACAGAGCAUUGCUCUGCAAAUUAACUACCAGUGCGAUCCGGGAUAUAAACUAAUUGGUCACCCACAGGUUACAUGUAUGCAAAUUGAAGAGUGGUCGGCAAUUCCAAGUUGUAAUUUAAUUACUACCACACCAUUGCCUACCUCUCCAGCCACUACCACAACUUCAACAACGCAAUCGACCACUGCAUUACAAUCAACCUUGUUUGAUACUUCGACCAAACAAUCCACGACUGCUGUCCGUACAACACCACUGGCUACAACAGAAUUGUAUACAACGCCUUAUAUUGUUGCCACUGAGCCUCCUAAGGCGGUUUACAAGAGGGUGAAAAAGAUGGAGAUCCCUCCAGAGGAAGCGAAGCAUGCUCAGGUCGUAAGUAUGCCUGUAGCUGUAUUUCCUGCUAUAUUCCUCGGAGUUUUAUUACUCACAGAUCUACCAAAGAUUAUUGUAGAUUGCAGACAAGGAUUUAGAAACAUGAUGCACGGACUUCGGCAGUAUAUUAAAUCAAGAAACAGAAUUGCAACUGUGUGA